CAUUACGGACCCCGGUUAUGGACCUCUGGCGACUCGCUCGUUCACAACAACAACAAACAUAGUAGCAUUUUUUGUCAACUUUUAUAUUUUUUUAAUAAGAUUUAUUAGAUUAUCAAAAAUCUUAUAAAUUUUUGCCAACAUUUCUCAGAAGAAUAGCAUUAAUUUUCAGCAUAGAUAGCGAUAAUGACAGUGUUCACAGCGAAAGCGAGUUUUACUACCCUGAGGAAGAAGAAAUGAAAGAAAACAUUUCAGGAGAAAGCUAAAAACCUCUAACUGUUGCUAAUGCCGAGCAAAAACAUAGCUGAAUCCUGAAUGACUCAAUUUUGUAAAAUAGGGGACUACAUAGGCGGCAAAAUGUAGGUUUUUUCCUGCAAUGGAAGUGCAUUUGUAUACCGAGGAGGAAGCCAUUUGCAUUACAGCCGUGAAUGAGGAUUCAAAAUGGCGGCUCGGCUCGGUUUUCCCUUUCGGGCACUCUUGUUUUCUGUUAGAAUUUGGUAAAGAAAAAAAAAAUAUUAUUUACCAGCUUAAGGUCGGUCCGAAUGGUGAAAUACCGUGACCUCAGCCUUGAAUAUUGGCCUGGGCCCAGAGGACCUCUGUCAGUACUUUCAAGAGCUCAGUCACGGCAUUUCAUGAUACAGACCUCCCAGCUGGUAAAUAACAUUUUUUUUGCGGUCCAAAUCCUGCGCUCUGAUUGGCUGGUGAGCGGGUCCGUAUCCUAUGGUACGGACCCCGGUUACGGACCUCUGACGGCUCGCUUGUUCACAACAACAAACAUAGUAGAAUUUUUUGUCAACAUUUUUUUUAAUAAGAUUUAUUUAUAAGAUUAUCAAAAAUUUUGUAAAUUUUUGCCAGCAUUUCUCAGGAAAAUAGCAUUAAUUUUACAGCAUGGGUAGUGAUAACGACAGUCUUCACAGCGAAAGUGAGUUUUACUACCCUGAGGAAAAAGAAAUAAAAGAAAACAUUUCAGGAGAAAGCUAAAAACUGUAAUUUGCUAACACCAAGCAAAAACAUGGCUGAAUCCUGAAUGACUCCUAUUUGUAUAAAUAGGGGAUUACAUAGGCGGCAAAAUGUAGUUUUUUUCCUGCCAUGGAAGUGUACUUGUGUACUGAGGAGAAAGCAAUUUGCAUUAUAGCUGUGAAUGAGGAUUCAAAAUAGCAUUAAUUUUACAUCAUGGAUAGUGAUAACGACAGUGUUCACAGCGAAAGCGAGUUUUACUACCCUGAGGAAGAAAAAAAUUAAAGAAAACAUUUCAGGAGAAAGUCAAAAACCUCUAACUUGCUAACAGUUUGAUCUCAUUAGUUAAUGAGGCCCAUUUUGGACCAUGUUAUCCUAAUACAUAAUAUUACGUUAGGUAAAAACUUUAAACCAGUACAAUCUCUUCUUCAAAGUUUCACCAAAUGGCUUUAUUUAUGUAAUAUAAAGGUCAUAAUACUGUCUAACUUUGGUUGAGCAAAAACACCGAGUAAAAACAUGGCUGAAUCCUGAAUGACUCAAUUUUGUAUAAAUAGGGGACUACAUAGGUGGCAAAAUGUAUUUUUUUUCCUGCCAUGGAAAUGCACUUGUAUACCGAGGAGGAAGCAAUUUGCAUUACAGCCGUGAAUGAGGAUUCAAAAUGGCAGCUCGGCUUUCCCUUUCGGGUGCUCUCGUUUUCUGUUAGAAUUUAGUAAAGAAAAAAUAAAUAUAUUAUUUACCAGCUUAAAGGAAAACUCCGGAGUGAAAUGCUUUUUAGGUCUGUUCUCGCAUUAUUGGGAGUACAUAAGUUGAGUUGCUAUCACAAUCACAUCAAUCGGAUGUGUUUUCAGAAAAUUCGUUUUUUGUGAUUUCAACCGGAAAGCGCUAACACGGCAGUGGCCGGGGCAUGUCUUUUUGCCGAUACAAAACGCUAGUUUUAAAACCAUUGCAAAGCUCAAAACAACAUGACAGUUCUGUGGAAGUGAGUAGAGGGUUCCUACAAACAAAACAAGGUGUGUCUAGCUCUAAAAGUGCACGAAUAGUGUGUGUAGAAUGGUAAAUAUAAAGGCAGUGACCUUACUUGAAUUUGGUCUUCCUCAGACGCCAUCUUCAGUGGACAGUCCGUAAAAGCCGAGUGCAGAGCCCAUUGUGCAUUUCCAGCGGGAUGGGCUCUGCACUCGACAAACAGGGAUGACCGCAGCCUUGAGAGGAUUGUCAAGAAAAGUUGAUUCAAGAACUUCGGAGAGUUUCACAAAGAGCAGACUGAGGCUGGAGUCAAUGCAUCAAUAGCCACCACGCACAGAUGUCUUCAGGAAGGGGGCUACAACUGUCACAUUCCUAAUAUCAAGCCACUCCUGAAUCAGAGACGUCGUCAGAUGCGUUUUACUUGGGCUAAGGAGGGAAAGAACUGGACUUUUGCUCAGUGGUUCAGAGUCCUCUUUUCAGAUGGAAAAAGUUGCAUUUUAUUUGGAAAUCAAAGUCCUAGAGUCUGGAGGAAGAGUGGAGAGGCACAAAAUCCAAGGUGUUUGAAGUGCAGUGUGAAGUUUCCGCAGUCUGUGAUGAUUUGGGGUGCCAUAUCAUCUGCAGGUGUUGGUCCACUGUGUUUUAUUGAGUCCAAAGUCAGCACAGCUGUCUACCAGGAGAUUUUACAGCACUUCAUGCUUCCAUCUGCUUAUAAGCUUUAUGGAAAUGCCAAUUUCCUUUUCCAGCAGGAGUUAGCAUUUGCCCACAGUGCCAAAACUACUACCAAUUGGUUUGCUGACCAUGAUAUUACUGUGCUUGAUUGGCCAGCCAACUCACCUGACCUGAACCCCAUUGAGACUCUAUGGGCUAUUGUCAAGAGGAAGAUGAGAAACACCUGACCCAAAAAUACAGACAAGCUGAAGGCCGCUAUCAAAGCAACCUGGGCUUCAAUAAUACCUCAGCAGUUACACAGGCUGAUCGCCUCCAUGCCACAUUGCAUUGAUGCAGUAAUUCAUGUUUUUAUUGACGAGAAGAAGGCCUCUCAGGUUAUCCGAGCAAAGAGGGCAAACACAAUUUUUGAGGAGCUAAAGCAAGGGAAUCUGGAGAGGGAAUGUGUGGAAGAGAUCUGUGACCAUGAGGAGGCUCGAGAGGUGUUUGAGACCAAUGAUGAUACGACUGCAUUUUGGAACAUAUACUUGGGUUGUUCUGGCACCACGGUACAGCGGAAUGUGGAUAAUAUCAGAGGAAUCCGAAUUUGUUUAGAUCACAAAGGUCUCUGUUAUGUUAACACGGGUGAAUGCUACAAUGGUGAUGUCAAUAUCACUAUCUCAGGAAAGCCAUGCCAGUACUGGGCAAGCAACUUCCCUCACAAAAUUACUGAAUUCAAUGUAACAGAGCUGAAACUGCCAGAGAAUUUCUGCAGGAAUCCUGAUAAGAGACCCAGUGGGCCAUGGUGCUUCACUAGUGACCCCACUGUCAGGACAGAGAAAUGUGCAGUUCCAAAAUGUGGUGAGACGUCACCACCCCCUGUCCAAGUAAAGAACGUGUCUGAGCGCUACAGUCAAACUAACUGUUUACAGGGCAAUGGGGAUAGCUACAAUGGAACACUCUCAGUGACUCUGCAUGGACACACCUGCCUGGAUUGGAACCUUCCCAAAACGAAAGCUUUGAGUGUGCGUAAGGAUUUCAACCCUGAGGUUACUCUAUUGAAAAACUACUGCAGGAACCCAGACGGAGAUUUGGAGGGACCAUGGUGCUUUGUGAAAGAUGCGGAAAAUCUUACCAUAGACUACUGUAAUUUGGAGCUCUGUGAUGCUCCUCUGGAUGGGGUGAUAGAAGAAAAUAGUGUUCGACACAGAACUGUUGCAGCCAAAAGAGACACUUUCUUUAACCCUAGGAGCUUUGGCUAUGGAGAAUUGGUAUGUGGCGAGCGUCCCUUGUUUGAGAAAAUAAACAAAGAAGAUAGCACAGAAGUCGAGCUCAUCAAAUCCUAUGGAAAGAGAAUCGUAGGUGGGCAAAAUGCUGAUGAAGGAAGUGCACCAUGGCAAGUGAUGCUGUAUAAGCGUAAUCCUCAAGAGCUACUGUGUGGAGCCAGCUUGAUCAGCAAUGAGUGGAUACUCACUGCCGCCCACUGCAUCUUUUAUCCACCGUGGGGCAAGAACUACACCACUGAGGACAUUCUUGUGCGACUUGGAAAACAUGAGCGGGCCAAGUAUGAGAGAUUAAAAGAGAAGAUUGUGGCUAUUGAUCAAAUCAUCAUCCAUCCUAAGUAUAACUGGAAAGAGAAUCUGAACAGAGACAUCGCUCUGCUGCACAUGAAGAAAUCUCCUGAAUUCACCACUCGGAUCCACCCCAUCUGCCUGCCUACCAAGAAUAUCGUAAAAACUUUGAUGUCAGUUGGCUACAAGGGUCGUGUGACAGGCUGGGGGAACCUGAAAGAAUCAUGGACAUCUAGCCAUCAAAACCUUCCAGUAUUUCUGCAGCAGGUCCACUUACCCAUCGUAGACCAACAAACCUGCCGCCAAUCCACCCGCAUCCCCAUUACGGACAACAUGUUCUGUGCUGGUUAUAGUCCUGAAGAUAAUAAAAGAGGUGACUCCUGCGAAGGAGACAGUGGUGGACCUUUUGUAAUGAAGAAUCCUGAUGAUAAGCGCUGGUACCAGAUUGGUAUUGUUUCAUGGGGUGAGGGCUGUGAUCGGGAUGGGAAAUAUGGAUUCUAUACUCAUUUGUUCCGUCUGCGCAACUGGAUAAGGAAGGUCAUCGAGAAAUCAAAUGCUGAUGAUGACUGAUGUUCUUAUGAUAAUGAAAAGAGUUCCAAAAUCAGAUCUCUUUCAAAAGUUGUAUUCAUUUGCAAAUAAAAUUUGAUUAUUUUCAAAGAG